UCUCAGAUCCUGGAUGUCUUGGCCAUGGAGGUAUUCGUCAGUUAAAGAAUGGUGCAGUUAAAGGGUUCCGGGAUGUGUGAAGUACUGGUUGGAUAAGGUUGAUAACUCUUCUUCGCUCACACCUUACAAAUGACCAAGGUCCUAAUCCAGUCAUACAACGUGCUCGAAUUUUGUGUGAUAACCCUCUAUACGACUUGGUACGAGGUACAUAAAAAAGCACAAUGAAGUGCGGCAGCCAUCCGGUUUGGAUUACAACCACGGUCGAAGCGCCAGGCUUGCAUGUGACAAGCAAUUUCCCACUAGACUGAGAAGCGGAGGGGUGCAGUAGUCUAGAAGGGCAAAAAAAGGGAACAUGAUAGUUGCAUUGGUAAUCAUUAUCCAGUGUUGUCGCGGUGGAUUUGUACCAGCGGCUAUUGUGUGGGUGGGGGAUGAAAAAUGUCCAUCAUCUCAUUUUGACUCCAAUAGCCCAGAUAGACUAAAGUGUUGGUUCCUGAUUUUCUUCCGUUCCCUUCGAAGAUUGUGUGGGGUGGGUUUAAUAUGGGAAUGUUUUGGACUACUAUGCGGAGUUUCAGGCCUGAGGACGAGAGAAAAAGUGCAAAAACAGAAUGAAUGAAAAACGAAAAUAAUUAAUCGACUCAUCAAUUAAUCCACUUGGGACGACGGACGGUAUCUAGUAAGUAGUAUGAAGCGCAAUGGAAUGGUGACAGCAAUCUUGUGUUGCAUGUAGUAAUAACCGAGUGUAUAAGCGCGUACCACGUAGCUGGAGAGAAUGAUGUUUGUUGGCUGAAGAAAAGAAUGCUCUGAUUGAUCAGCUGUUAGACUAGUG